GGGGUAUAUAGCAGGCAGGGUGAACGCGCAGGAGGCAGAGUUUGGAGAGUUGGCACCGCUGAGACCCUGAUCAAAGAGCAGGAUUUAGUCCCCAUCAUGGCCUUCUCGUGCUGGAUUUGGAUUGCUGUGUUUCUUUUCUCUAUGACAAGUGACAGUGGAGUACUUGGUCGUGCAGUAUACAAGCAGGGAUUUCUGUCACAGCCGCUGAAAUCCACAGAUGGAUCCCCCGGGCUGGCUUUACGCACGGGCGCGUCGACGCGGAUGAGGCGCGGAGUCGCGGGGACGCACGGGGGGCAGUGCGCGGAGCUGGCGGCGCCUUGGCUGGACAACACGAAACAAUCUGUGGACGAUAAUCCAACAGUGCUGCAGCUCCGCGUUCGGCCUUUUUCUCCUGGCGCAUCUCAGGGCCUGGUGUUCCCAGGGAAGCAUCUUUUCAGCUUCGUCCGGAGGGUUUACCGCUGCUGUCAGGAGGGGCUGAACUGCAGGAGCGUGAAGGGGAUACAAGGUCGCCUGAGAGGAGAUAGCGGUGUGGAGUUUCUCCUCACUAGGGAUAACUUAUCACUGACGGUUAUGAGGGCAGAGCUCCACCUUCAACUUUCCAACCCUCAACAUCUGGACAUCCAUCCUGUGCUUUCAUCUUUAGCCAAACGUGACCUUCCGACAAGGUACAGCUUGUGGUCUCGAGGCGACACGGUGGAGCUGAGGGUGGAUCUGCUCUUCCUCUUCCAGAGUCUGCAGGAGGCGGCAGGUGUUGCCAGAGGGGGUCCCAGCCUGGUGAACAUGCGGCGGGUGGUGUUCUCCUCCAGAGGGGAUCGAUCGGGAGAGAAGCCCUCUUCGGGAGCUCUGCAGGACUCUGAUGGCGACGGGUGGGGGGAUGGUGCUGCUAAUGCUGUGCCUCCUCUGGAGCUGGGCUUGGUCCUGAGCUGCAGUCGGGCUGGAUCAGGGGAGAACUGCAGGACUGGUGGUGUUCACCUCGUACAUACACCUUUCAUUGCUCUGUACUAUAGGUGAAGUUUGACAGGACUGCAGACAUCCUCUGCUGGCUCAUACAGCUGACUCAGGGAUCAAAGUGAUGCACUUCAACAUCAAAUCUAUUAUUUAUAAAUGUUAUUUUUUGUUAAAUAUAUAUACACAUAUGUAAAUAGGAUA